AAAAUGAAAACUUUAAUUAAAAAACCUGGAAAGCCUAAAUCCUUGGCCAGCAUAGAGAAAAAGAAGAAGGUGGUAAAAACAGAAGAAAAGCCACAAAAAGUCAAGAAGCUAAAGAAAGUCCUAGAGGAAGUUGAAGCUGAGGUGGCGGAGGUGGAGGCCACCAAAAAGUCCAAGAAAAUCACCAAAAAGGACACAAAAGAUGCUGGUAAAAAGAAGAAGACGAAAAAAUCCCACAAGGAGGAGCUGGAAGGUUUGAAAGACAUCGAUCCGGAGUUUUAUGAUUUCUUAAAGAAGAAUGAUAAACAAUUGUUGGAAUUCAAUAUGUUGGACAGUGAUGAUGACGAAGAAGAUGAGGAGGUGGCACCAAAAAAAGAUGUAAAAACGAAAACAAACUCGAAAAAAGAGAAGAAAUCCAAAAAAUCCCAUGCUGAUGAUUCCGACGAUGACUUUUUAGAUGAUGAUGAAGAGGAUGACGAUGAAGAUAUGGAUGAUGACGACGAGGAGGAAGAUGAAAAGUUCCACAAACCUAAUGCUGAAUUGGAGGUGGCCAGUGAUGAAAGUGAUUUUGAAGGUGAUGAUGAUGCAGAAGCCGAUCAAUCCACAGAUGGUGUACAAAAAGUCACCCUGAAUCUUUUACGUCAAUGGCAAAUACAAUUGGAACAAGAUAAAAUACCGAUAGAAGUGGUACGCAAAGUGACGCAGGCUUUUAGUUCCGCAUUGGCCAGUAUUACCCCAGAUGCUGAUCAGGUGCCGUUGCCAUUUAAGGUAGUGGGUUCGGCUGCCUUUAAUGGUGUCAUCCAGCUGUGUGUGUUGCAUCUGCAGCCAGCCAUAUUGAGAUUUUUGGGCGUAAAAGAGAAAUCCAAUAUUCCCCUACAUAAAACUAAGAAGUGGAAUAAAGUUCGUGGUUGUUUGCGUUACUAUCUCACCGAUUUGAUUCGCCUUGUCGAACAAGUAUCCAGUCCAAAUAUUCUAUCGGUUCUGCUUAAACAUUUACAUCAAAUGGCCAAUAUGGUGGCGCCCUUCAGCACCCUGGGCAAGACAAUUUUGAAACGUUUAAUUGUUCUCUGGUCUACCGGCGAUGAAACUAUUCGCGUCGUGGCAUUUUUGUGCAUUUUGAAAAUUACCCGAAAUCAACAGGCCACCAUGUUGAAUCAUGUCCUGAAGGCCAUGUAUCUUUCCUAUGUACGCAAUUCGAAGUUUGUUUCCCCCAACACUUUGCCUUCCAUCAAUUUCAUGCGCCGUUCUUUGGUUGAAAUGUUCGCAUUGGAUUUGAAUACCACCUAUCAGCAUGCCUUCUUGUACAUCCGUCAGCUGGCCAUUCAUUUACGUAAUGCAGUUAUUCUCAAGAAAAAAGAUAGCUUCCAAGCUGUCUAUAAUUGGCAAUAUAUCAACUCAUUGCGUUUGUGGUGUGAUCUCUUGGGUCUAACUGCAGAUAAGCAACAAUUACAACCCUUGAUAUAUCCCUUGGUAACAAUUGCCAUUGGUGUUAUACGUCUAAUACCCACGGCACAAUAUUUCCCCUUGAGAUUCCAUUGUUUGCAGUCGCUGAUUGAAUUGGCCAAGAAUACACACACCUUUAUUCCCGUACUACCCUUGAUUCUUGAAGUUUUGCGCAGCAACACCUUUAACAAAAAACACAGUUCCGUAUCCAUGAAACCUUUACAAUUCACCUGCAUCCUUCGUCUGAAUAAGGGUCAAUUGGCGGAGAAUGGUUUCCGUGAUGAAGUGGUGGAACAGGUGUGUGGUUUGACAUUGGAAUACUUGGCAUAUGAAUCGAAUUCAUUGGCAUUCUGUGAUUUGGCAGUGCACACGGUGACGGCUCUAAAGUCAUACCUCAAGGAUUGCCGCAAUGCCAAUUAUUCACGUAAAAUUAAACAGUUGAUCGACAAAAUUGCCGAGAACUCCAAAUUCAUUGAACAAGAACGUCGUAAAAUAUCCUUUGGCCUUAAGGAUACCGAUCAGAUACGUGCCUGGGAGACACAGGUGCGUAAUAAGGGCACACCUUUGGAUAUCUACUACAAUGCUUGGGUUAAGACCCAUGAAACAAAAAAGAGACGUCAAGCUGCCCAAGCGGACACCGUCAAUGAUGAUUAUGAUUUGCCCGUUAUCAAGAAGCCCACAAAGAAACCAAUGUCUAUUAAAAAUGAAAAUGGCGAAGUGGAACUGUUCCCUUCAGAUUCUGAAGAUGAUGAAGGUGUUGCCAAAUUACCGGGAGUUGGAGAUAGUGAUGAUGAGAUGGCUGAGGAGAAACCCAAGAAGAAAACUAAGAAGGACAAAGCAACGAAGAAGGUUAAAAAGCCAGUUGCUGAACAAGAAGUUGAUAUACCCGUUGAAGAACCCGAUAAUGAAGAAGUGGAUAUUGUUAAAGAUUUGGAUAUGGAUGAUUGGUAGAUUUA